AUGCUGCACGAGAAGCCCGUCCAGAUUGGCCAACUGGCCGAUGAUGGAGAUGCGGCAAACAAGGCGUGGACAGGGGAGAAGAGGCGCCGCAACGUACCCCCGUCAUCAUCCGAUGCUCCUGCCACUGCCCAGGACCAUGGAGACAUGGAGGACACAAUCCAAGGGGGUCAAGAUCCGAUUCCUCAUGCAGCAGACAUGGAACCGCUGCUCAGAACAGAUUCGGCGCAAGAAACAAGCCAGGAUUGCUUCGGGCCGGACGUCCUUAUCAGCGAGGAAGACGAAACCCGUUAUGCUCAACUUUUGCGUCCCAACAUUCCUCUUCCUCGUAUGGACCUGCCACUUUAUAUGACAUGGGAGGAAGAAGACAAGAUAGAAGCGCGCCUUGGACGCCUUCGCAUCACUUAUUACAAGGCUGUGAAGCCGGAGUGCGCACGUGAACGUGAGCUUAAGGAACCAGAAGAAUACACUGAUGCUGAACUUGGUAAGGAGUUGUACUUUAAGCGGUUAGAGGAGGAUGAAAGUUUUGAGUGGUUCGUCCAUCCUGAUGAUACCUAUAAGGCUGGAUUGAAUGACUACCAACGGAUUGCCCCUCGUAAUUUUUGGUUUGACAAGGAUACUAGAGCAUGGAGGCAAGCAUUGAAGAUUGCAACUGGCUUUCCCCAUAUGACUGUUCGUUUAGCUGCUUUUGCUUAUAAUGAGUGCAUUCUUGAGAUGGAUAAAGAUGCGUCCCUCAAGGACAUAGAUCUUCUCUAUUUCGAGAUCUGGAGGCGUGUCGCUAAGAAAAAUUUAAGUUAUAUGGAUGCUGUGAAGGAAGUAUAUGAAAUGGACAAGUUCGAUGUACACAAAAGGAGACUAGAUGGUGAACUGAAAGGGGUUCCUGCCAUCGCAACAAUAAAAGAAUACAUGCACUAUGUUGUCCGACAAGGUGGCAUUGACGCGAAGACCGAAGAGGAUAAAGCUCGGGAUGUGUUUAGGAAGUUAUCUGUCAGUAUGCAUAAAGCAAUGAACAUGGCUCAGUACGCUCAGAAAAAGUUGGAUUUAGCAGAUGAGCUGAAGUUGGACAAAGAGGAGGAAUUCUGGCUGGCGCUUUUCAAGAUCAGUAAGACCGAGAGUUUGCUGAUCGUGUCCAGAUGCGUCUGCCGCACGUGGCGCGCCGCGAUCGUCGACGCCCACGACGUCCUCCUCCCCUGCUACUUCCCCCGACACGUAUUUCCUGGCAUCUUCGUCACCAAGGUCGGAUGCCACACGGACGCCGCCUUCUUCGCCCCACCGCCGGGCACACGGGCCGCCGAUCGGUCCGACUUCUGGCGCCCCGUCUCCCUGCUCGACCGUGCUUCCGUGCUCCACUCAUGCAACGGCCUUCUCCUCCUCGAGGACCGGUGGAGAGGCUACUUAGUGUGCAACCCGGCCACAGCGCGGUUUGCUGACCUGACACUCCCAAAGAUGUCAUCGACAUGCCACGUCGACGCGAUGUUCCUCGCUUUCUACCCGGCCGUUUCCCUGCAGUAUGAGGUGUUCCUUUUUCAGGAGGAGUACCCGCCACGCGUUCCGGAACCACCUACUUGGGUCGACCUAGAGCAAACGUACUUGCCCAAUUUGUUUGAAGAAGAGCAAUUGUCCCAAGUUGAAGAUGAAAACAUGGAUUUGGGCCAUGUCGAGCAACCGCAAGAGGAAGGUGUCGAGGAACAAAAAGAAAAGGUUGUGCCUUUGACAGUGUACUCCUCGCACACGGGGCACUGGGAGAACAGGGAGUUCACACCUGGAUGUUGUGCCCCGGGGCACCUCUACGACGCGGUGACCACUUCGCCCGACAGCUAUGAAAAGGUGUGGUCAUCCGAGUACUGGCACGGGUCACUCUAUGUAUAUUGCCACAACAGUGCCCUCAUGAUCUUACGACCCUCAAAGUGGACUUAUGAUAUGGUCCAGCUCCCCGGGGAACCCUGUGCUACAAGGGGAUUUUACUCACUACCCAAAAAUUCAGUCUUGGCAAGCUAUGAAAGAGGGAUUCACUGCGUGGCUUUCAACCAGCCGCAACUCAAAGUAUGGAAGCUAACCGAAUCGAUAGAUGGUCAACUAGGGUGGGCAUUGGCACACGAGGCCAGCCUCAACCCACAAGAUCAUAUAACUGACCAUCUUACAAUAGAGCCGAGGGUGAAAUGGGGAGUGGUUGAAAGUAGCGAUGAGCUAGUGAACUUGUUCGAAGACAGGUCCUGUGGAGAAAGCAUGUGCAGUGAGGAUUAUUGUCAUGAUGAUUAUAUCGAGGAUGAAAGCUACGAAGGUGUCAAAGAGGAGGAUGAGGGUCAAGAGGAGGAGGAAGAGGAGGGACAUGAAGUAGAAGAUGCUAGGAGUAUAGGUGGCUCUGAACAUUCCUGGAACUCUGACGAAGACAAUUUCAUUCAUGUAGAUGGGGACAUCGACCACCUUGGACCAUUGGCAUGGAGUUUCUGGAAUUUCUAUAGAAUCAUGGGAUUCCAUCCUCACAAGAAUGCCCUCAUCCUCUUACUCCACUCAAUGGUGGUAGUGUACCAUCUCGAUAUGUCGAGGAUGCAAUAUCUAGGCGAUAAGCACGAGCUCAUCAAAGACCACUUCCAACAAGCUUGUUGCGCCUACCGUUCCUUCCCUUACAGACCUUGCUAUGUAGAUGCGUUACUGACAGGAGAUUUGUCCUGA